AUGCUUGACUCCGUGCUGUCAGGGGUGCAGCACGGAGGAAGCUGGUUCCUGGCUUUUGCUCCGGUAUGUGGUAUUUCGCUCCGCCGUCUUUUUGUUGCGAUUGUUCGAAGACUAAGAGAUGGUAUGAGAUGGGUAAGAGGGCGACCAGGGGUGCCAACCACACCACAGCACCACCACCAUCUUUCCAAGCGGGCUCCGUCAAAAGUCCGUAUUCCAAGAAAUAUGCUGACGCAUGAAGUUGGGCGGCGAGUUGGACUUGACGGCCCGCUGUGCCAACUCAUCAGCACCCAUCAACGCCCAUCAACGCCCAUCAACACCCAUCAACACCUAACUAGGCCCCGCCAGGCGAUAGUUUGA